CCUGAACGUGCCGCUUCAAGCAGGCUUGGGUCCCAAAGCUGACGACAUGAUAGCAUACCACACGAAUCCUUGGUCCUCACCGGAAGAUAGACUCAUUUCACGUCUGCCCGAACCUCAAGACCCAAACAUUGAGACUUGCAACCUUAUUCUUCUUCAACGGUUUUCUCGGCCAGAUUGCCUCGUGGUUCGCCUUAGGCUCUAAUCCCUUCUCAUCAACUUCAACAUGGAAGAUAAAGCAACAAAAGAUUUUUGCCCAGUCUCAGGAGCCCUCUCUUCUUGUCUCUUUGCUUCAGUGAUGGACUUUUGGUCGCAGCUUCUUCGACAAGAAUCUUGGUUGUUAACCUUUUCACCCCAAGUUCCAGCUCCCGAAAGUCUUCAGAACUAUAAUGGCGAAGAGAAAGAACCAAACUCUCAAGACCUGAACAUGAAUUAUGAGUCACGUUAUUCGGAAGACAACGCAUCGGAUAUAACAAGGUUUCUUCUGAGUGAAGAGCGUGAUCGCUUGUGUCUGUGGAAAUUUCAGUUCAGCGACGAGGAUUUGGACCUUCUUAAUCAAAUCGAGCCCAACGUGUUCGGCGGUGCUGUUGUUCAAUGCCUUGUAAGUAUUGGCGAGGCGUUGACCAAAAAUACAGUUAUCAGCAGUUGUGGGGAGUCAACUCAUGAUCUGGAAGCCAGCAAAGCGACUCUGGAUGCAACUAUUCGGGAGGGAAAGCGUCACAUUCAAAGCAUUUAUCAUGAUGACGAUAUAGCCGAGACAAUAGCCAGUACUGGGUAUGAGGGCUCUGUUGCAACAGAUUACACAGUUCCUGACGACAAGCCAACGAGCCUACAUGAGAGUGUGAAGAUCGAAAUAGGAAAGCUACAAAGACUGAGCUUUCCGAUAGCACAGACACUUGCUGGAAAGAAGGGUUAAGUGAGUGAUGAGAAUUACAGACAAGUUGUCGCCAGCUAAUAAGUGAUCAGUUCUAUGUGUGAAAUGCAACG